AAGAAGAGGAGCUGUCAGCUGCACCCAGAGAUCAGUCCACAACAAACACCAGAGAGGAGACCAGGAACCAGAGAGACAGGAUCUACACUUUAACAUUUCUAGAGUUUCAGGUUGAUUUUUAAGGGUGCUGAGCACUCCCAUCCUUCAGCAACAUGGGGGAACUCUUCAGAAGUGAAGAGAUGACGCUGGCUCAGCUCUUCCUCCAGUCAGAAGCUGCCUACUGUUGUGUCAGUGAACUGGGAGAGAUCGGGAUGGUGCAGUUUCGUGAUCUGAAUCCUGAUGUGAAUGUGUUCCAACGAAAGUUCGUCAAUGAAGUACGACGAUGUGAGGAGAUGGAUCGCAAACUGAGAUUUGUGGAGAAAGAAAUAAAGAAGGCCAACAUCCCAAUAGUGGACACAGGAGAGAACCCUGAAGUCCCCUUCCCAAGGGACAUGAUCGACCUGGAGGCUACAUUUGAGAAGCUGGAGAAUGAGCUGAAGGAAAUAAACACCAACCAAGAAGCCCUAAAGAAGAACUUCCUGGAGCUGACUGAGCUCAAGCACAUCCUGCGUCGCACGCAGCAGUUUUUUGAUGAGAUGGAGGAUCCCAGUUUACUGGAGGAGUCAUCCACCCUCAUGGACCCCAAUGAGCCGACCCGAGUGGCUCCUCUCAGACUGGGAUUCGUUGCUGGAGUCAUUGGCAGGGAACGUAUUCCCACAUUUGAGAGGAUGCUGUGGAGAGUUUGCAGAGGAAAUGUGUUCCUGAGGCAGGCAGACAUUGAAGAUCCUCUGGAGGAUCCGGCUACGGGCGACCAGGUCCACAAGUCUGUCUUCAUCAUCUUCUUCCAGGGAGACCAGCUUAAGAAUAGAGUCAAGAAGAUCUGUGAGGGGUUCAGAGCAACCUUGUACCCGUGUCCAGAAACAUCCCAGGAGAGGAAAGAGAUGCUAGCAGGGGUGAAUGCACGCAUUGAAGACCUGCAAAUGGUGCUGAACCAGACCGAGGAUCACAGGCAGCGGGUCCUGCAGGCUGCAGCCAAGACGGUCAGAGUGUGGUUCAUCAAGGUGAGGAAGAUGAAGGCCAUCUACCACACCCUGAACCUCUGCAACAUCGAUGUCACUCAGAAGUGUCUGAUCGCCGAGGUGUGGUGUCCCGUCUCCGACAUGGACUCCAUCCAGUUUGCCCUGCGCAGGGGGACGGAGAAGAGCGGUUCCACUGUGCCUUCCAUCCUCAAUAGGAUGCAGACCAAACAGACCCCACCCACCUUUAACAAGACCAACAAGUUCACCUCUGGCUUCCAGAACAUUGUGGAUGCCUAUGGAAUUGGCACCUACCGUGAGAUCAACCCAGCGCCAUACACCAUCAUCACCUUCCCCUUCCUAUUCGCGGUUAUGUUUGGUGACCUGGGCCACGGGGUGCUCAUGACCUGUGCUGCCCUGUACCUUGUGUUGAGAGAGAGCAGGCUGAUGGCCCAGAAGAACGACAAUGAGAUGUUCAGCAUGGUGUUUGCAGGACGCUACAUCAUCCUGCUGAUGGGAGUCUUCUCGGUCUACACCGGGAUCAUUUACAACGACUGCUUCUCCAAGUCCCUCAACGUGUUCGGCUCUGGCUGGAGCGUCAGGCCCAUGUUCGACGCUCGGGUGGGGGCCAACUGGACGUUUGAAACACUGGAAAACAAUAAAGUUUUGCAGUUGGACCCGGCAAUAGAUGGAGUGUUCAAAGGGCCGUACCCCAUUGGUAUCGAUCCGAUAUGGAGCAUUUCCACCAACAAGCUGACGUUCCUGAACUCAUUCAAGAUGAAGAUGUCCGUCAUCCUGGGAGUCGUCCACAUGCUGUUUGGAGUCUCACUCAGUCUCUUCAACCACCUGUAUUUCAAGAAGCCGCUGAAUAUCUACUUGGGAUUCAUCCCAGAGAUUGUCUUCAUGGCCAGUCUGUUCGGCUACCUGGUCAUUCUGAUCUUCUAUAAGUGGGUCUCAUACGAUGCAGGCAUAUCCAAGGACGCUCCCAGCCUCCUCAUCGCCUUUAUUAACAUGUUCCUCUUCAACUACAAUGACCCCAGUAACAAACCUCUCUACAGAGGACAGAUGGCCAUACAAUCACUCUUGGUGGUCAUCGCCUUGGCUUGUGUUCCCUGUAUGUUAAUAGUGAAAACACUUGUUCUGCGGAGACAGCAUUUGUGGCGGAAAAACAUGGGUACAGCUAACUUUGGAGGGAUCAGGGUGGGCAACGGGCCCACCGAGGAUGAGGCUGAAAUCAUCCAGCACGACCAGCUCUCGCAGCACUCUGAGGAGGAGCCUGAGCGUUGCCUUUUGUCACCUGCUGUCAAGGCCGGAGACGAGGAAGAGUUUAACUUUGCGGAUAUGGCGGUGCAUCAGGCGAUCCACACCAUAGAGUACUGCCUGGGCUGCAUCUCCAACACUGCCUCCUAUCUGAGGCUCUGGGCCCUCAGUCUGGCUCAUGCACAGCUGUCAGAGGUGCUGUGGACCAUGGUGAUGCACAUCGGCCUUUCUAACAGCAGCUUCGCAGGUUUCAUCGUAAUCGCCAUAGUCUUUUUCUUCUUUGCUGUUCUCACAGUUGCCAUUCUUCUCGUAAUGGAGGGCCUGUCAGCCUUCUUGCAUGCACUGAGGCUGCACUGGGUGGAGUUCCAGAACAAGUUUUACACCGGCCAGGGCUUCAAAUUCCUCCCCUUCACCUUCGAAAGCAUCCUGGACGGGAGCUUUGAGGAAUGAGAUCGGUCGGCUCCUCCUCUUCUUCUAUUAAUGUCACUCAUCUCUUGAGAAAUCUGUGCGGUGUUGAAUAGUGAUUUUUCUCUUUGUGUGUGCAAGUGAUGCAAGUUUCCGUGAGUGACACUCCACAAAAUAAUCUGCCAUUUCGUUUUAAACUUCGCAUCACGUUUUAGAUUCAAAAUCGGGAAUAUCCACACAGAGAUUUCAUUCAUUCCUCAGAGAAAUAGCAUUAUCUGUAAUCUGUUAUGUGUCUUGUCUUUAGUGAAGUCAUUUUGUUUUACCUGUGUUUAAUAUUAUUUAUGCAAAUCUUCCCUUUAAAAACAAACAAACUGCAUUUUCUUCCUAUGUGGCAGUGUUGCACUAGCAAUCAUAAAUGAGGCGUUAUGUGCAAAUGUCUUAACUGAUCAUGUCGACAGAAGUACUUUACACUCUGCAGUAUCUCAUCGGUUUGAGUUCACACCCACUUUAUCACACUGACCUCACACACAGAGCUAUAAAGGUCCAAAGGGAAUACAAUUUACAUCAGGAUGUCAGUCAGUGCUUCGAAGAUGGAGAUGAACAGUUUAAUCCUGCGUUGUGCGCUAACAUAAAUGCCCUUUUUGUGUUUAGUGAUGUGUUCUCUAUCAAUCUACACGGAGAGGAUGAAGGCGGAUCUAUAAAUCUGUAACAACUGUGUCAGUCUUGCUGAUUUGUUCCCUCGUGCUGAUUUCAUUCGUAUGUUAAAGUUUAAAAUGUCAUUGUCGAUCCUUGAAGGGAGUAAGAACGGCAUACAGCAGACGUGUUUAAAUAGGAUUCAUUCCUCAGAAAUCAUUUACCACCCGCAGUAAUUAUUUAUCUCUGUGUCAAUAAAGUGGAAAGAGCUGGAUUAA